GAGAAGGGGGGCAGCUCCUCAGCACGCCGAGCCGCCAGCCGCGCCCCGAGCCCCUUCGCACGGCGUUUCGCCCCCGCAGCCGCAGAUAUCUGGAAACAUGGCUACUGAACAUGUUAAUGGGAAUGGUACUGAAGAGCCCAUGGAUACUUCUGCUGCAGUUACCCAUUCUGAGCAUUUCCAGACAUUGCUUGAUGCUGGUUUACCACAGAAAGUUGCUGAAAAACUAGAUGAAAUUUACGUUGCAGGACUAGUUGCACAUAGUGAUCUAGAUGAAAGAGCUAUUGAAGCUUUAAAGGAAUUUAAUGAAGAAGGUGCAUUAGCAGUGCUUCAGCAGUUUAAAGACAGUGAUCUCUCACAUGUUCAGAACAAAAGUGCCUUUUUAUGUGGAGUCAUGAAGACAUACAGGCAGAGGGAAAAACAGGGGACCAAGGUGGCAGAUUCUAGCAAAGGACCAGAUGAGGCAAAAAUUAAGGCACUCUUGGAGAGAACAGGCUAUACUCUUGAUGUCACUACUGGACAGCGAAAGUAUGGUGGACCUCCUCCAGAGUCUUUAUAUUCAGGACAACAACCUUCUGUUGGUACAGAGAUAUUUGUGGGCAAGAUUCCAAGAGAUUUAUUUGAAGAUGAACUUGUUCCAUUAUUUGAGAAAGCUGGCCCUAUAUGGGAUCUUCGCUUAAUGAUGGAUCCGUUAACUGGUCUAAAUAGAGGAUAUGCUUUUGUCACUUUUUGUACUAAAGAGGCAGCUCAGGAGGCUGUUAAACUGUAUAACAAUCAUGAAAUUCGUUCUGGAAAACACAUUGGUGUGUGCAUCUCUGUUGCCAAUAAUAGGCUUUUUGUUGGCUCUAUUCCUAAGAGUAAAACCAAGGAGCAAAUUGUUGAAGAAUUUAGCAAAGUAACAGAGGGCCUUACAGAUGUCAUAUUGUAUCAUCAGCCUGAUGACAAGAAAAAAAACAGGGGUUUCUGCUUCCUUGAAUACGAAGAUCACAAAACUGCUGCUCAGGCCAGACGUAGGUUAAUGAGUGGCAAAGUGAAAGUCUGGGGGAAUGUUGUUACAGUUGAAUGGGCUGACCCUAUAGAAGAUCCAGAUCCUGAAGUCAUGGCAAAGGUAAAAGUUUUGUUUGUACGCAAUCUUGCCAAUACUGUAACAGAGGAGAUACUAGAAAAGGCCUUCAGUCAGUUUGGAAAGCUAGAACGAGUGAAGAAGCUAAAAGACUAUGCUUUCAUUCAUUUUGAUGAACGGGAUGGUGCUGUAAAGGCAAUGGAAGAAAUGAAUGGCAAAGAUUUAGAGGGAGAAAACAUUGAAAUUGUUUUUGCUAAGCCACCAGAUCAAAAAAGGAAAGAACGGAAAGCUCAGAGACAAGCGGCUAAAAAUCAGAUGUAUGAUGAUUACUACUAUUAUGGUCCACCUCAUAUGCCCCCUCCAACAAGAGGUCGAGGCCGAGGAGGUAGAGGUGGUUAUGGAUAUCCCCCAGACUAUUACGGAUAUGAAGAUUAUUAUGAUUAUUAUGGCUAUGACUACCAUAACUAUCGUGGUGGAUAUGAAGAUCCUUACUAUGGUUAUGAAGAUUUUCAAGUUGGAGCUAGAGGAAGGGGUGGUAGAGGAGCAAGGGGUGCUGCUCCAUCCAGAGGUCGCGGGGCUGCUCCUCCCCGUGGCAGAGCCGGUUAUGCACAGAGAGGUGGUCCUGGAUCAGCAAGAGGCGUUCGUGGUGCGAGAGGAGGUGCCCAGCAACAAAGAGGCCGCGGGCAGGGAAAAGGGGUCGAGGCCGGUCCUGACCUGUUACAAUGAAGACUGACUUGCUAUGUGGGAUUACACCAGAAGCUUGCAGUGGAGUAAUGGUAAGGAAAUCAAGCAACCUUAAGUAUCUCAGCUGUAUAGGAGCAUAUUCUGUUGCAAAAGACCUUCCUGCGAAGAUCAUGGAUUCAAUUAUGGGACAUUUGAACUAAUACUUGGACUUUGAAAUGAAUUUCUUUAACAGUUUUCUCUGCAGUGCAAGUUAUUAAACUAAAGCUACUCUAUUUCCCCAAUGUGUUCAACAAAAUCCUUAACUUCUAGCAUGGUAUCUUAAUAAAGAAUAAAGUUGUUCUUUAAAAAAUCUGCUUUAAGUAGAUUUUUCCCCCAAGUUUGCUUAGUUAAGGAUUCCAAAAGUGGUAUUCAGAAAUUCUUGCAUUUAAAUUUUUAUUGCAGUGGUAUAGAUGAAUACCAUCAUUGGUAUCCUUAAAUUUAAUUUCUGCUCAUGAAGGUUAAUCAUGAUUGUCUAUAUAGUAAUCACUUAUGAAUUGUGUUCAGAUACAGCAGUUUCAGGUGUAAUCAUCAGAGCUGGUUAGUCAGGCAUUCCAGAUAGUGGUUCUUUUCAGAACCUUUUUUAAAGGGUUGGUUAACUACCUCAGUAGCAGAGGAUUGAACUAUACCCUGUCUGUACUGUACAUAGAAAAUCUUUGUAGAUAAAAGCAAGGCUUGUUUAAUAUGAUAUGAGGGUAAGAUUAUAAUAUACCAAAUGUAACAUUCUUAGUUGCCUUUAGUUCCAGAGGCUUUGUAAUAAGACUUCCUCAUGACCAUCAUAACAGGCCUUGCUUUUGUCGUAUUUUGUGGCUGAAAAAGCAGCCUUGCUUCUUCAGAUAUUGUAGUUAUUUGGAUGUAUAAUAGUUUAGCAAGAUGUUACUUUUGUAAGACAUCAGAUGUUCAAAAAAGUGCAUCAGCAACUUGUACUAAAUACUGCAGUGUCCCUUUAUAAAAGGUCAGACUAAAACUGACAACUGUACAGUGAAGCCUGACAUUUGGAUAUUUUGAAGUUUUUCAUAAAUCAUAGAAUAGUAUAUGGCUGUAGUUUAGCUUUUUAGGUAAAAGGUAUGUUUUCAUUAGUGCAUUUCUUAUUGCUGAUCACUGUAAAAACAUGUCGAUCAGCUUUCCAUUUCUCUUACGCAGAUCAUGAUAACCUGUAGAGUAGAGUAGAGUACAAUCAUUUGUGCUAUGUUUUUAAUUUUCUAAAGCACCUUGAUGACAGUGAGUGUUCAGUGGUGAAGCAUCCUCUAUUGAACCACCCUUAAAAAACAAAAAAAAAAAAAAACAAAAAAAAACUUGCCAAGUCCAACUUCAUAUAGGUAAAAGAUAGAUAAAAUUAUGACUUGCUUUGGACUUGGCAUAAAGAGCUUCCCUUAAUCCCCUCCCCAAAGGGAUACUGCAGUUAUACUACAUACCCAUAGGCACCACAAUGAAAAUUGAAGCUUAUACCUAACUAAGGUUUUAUACACACCAGUUCCCCCAGUAAAUGCAAAUUUUAACAAAAUUAGACAUGUCAUAUGUUGAAAAUGCUCAUGGCAAACAAUCAUUUUGCAUUCCUGCAAAUAAAAUUGUUUUAUACUGUAAGCUGGAGGCGAGUGUAACUUAUUUUUGUAAUAAAGUUUUUAUUUUUUUUAUGUGUCAUUAAUAUAAAUGUGUGUUAGUACAGAGAUCUUCUGGUUAAAAACUUAGAAUCGCACACAUUUCAGUAUGUUUACUUGUAUUUACAUAAUUUUUAGACUAGUGGUUGCCAAUAGCCUGUAUGUUUCACAUUAAUGAUUUUUUUUUUUUUUUUUUUUUUUUUUUUUGCUAUCUUAAUAAACCAUUUUAGUAUGUUGUAUGUCAAUUACUGGGAUAGCUGGGACAUGAAGUGUAAUUUAAAAUUGUCAAGUAUUCAUUGGAAUAUGUAAAUGUGCCUUGCCAGUUUUGAACUUUAGACAAAGUAAGUGAAUGAUGGUGAAAUGAGUAGUCAAUGCUUAAGAGACAUUUGCUACUACAGUAUCAUAUACUGCCCUUGCUAAAGAAAAAUACCUUUUUCCUCAAUUUUGAGCAUAAAAAUAUACAGUUGCAUUAGCUUCUGAAUUUUAAAAUAUAGUGAUAGGAUAUUAGGCUUAUGGAAGGUGGGUUUGCUAAUUGUAGCCUUAAGUAUAAUUUUGAAUUUCAAUGUAAUCCUUGGUGCUGGCAUUCCCAGUGUCAAGGAGUUUAAAUGCUCCCUUCAAAGAGGUUGCCAUGCCUACUUGGCACUUUUACUGUCAUACGGUUUUAUAAGGAACACUGUCAAGGUGUGUAAACCAAUUUUGAACUUGUUAUAAAAAAGGAAAAAUGAAAUAACUGGGGGCCAUAGGAGAGGGGAAGUCUUCAGAUUUCUUAUUCUUGAAAUCUCCCCAUUGCUUAAAAAUAUAAAAUGCUUGUGGGAUCACAAGUGCUAGUGACCAGUUAUUAGCCUGGAAAUUGGGGGACAAGAUGGAGGGAGGGGAAUGUAUGGAAUUACAGCAGUUGAUGGAAGUGCAUAAAAACAUUGAUAUUAAAGUAAUAAAUGUGUUGAAAUUGUGGAUAAUAUCCUUAAUUUCAGCUCUGUUAAAAAAAGAAAAAAGGGCGGGACUUAAGGAGAAAUGUCAGAAUUGACAGGAAACUGUUUUUUAUGCAUUGCAAGCAAUGGUGAGUGAGCAAAAUACCAAGAUCUUGACAGUGUUCCCUCUAAUUAUGAACUCAAGCCAUUAUAACUUUUAAAAUUAAAUAUGAUUUGCACUGUUCUGA